AUGACACAAGAUCAAGCAAUAAUCCCAUUUACUGAAUGUAACGAUUGGAACGUUGUAUUCCGAGACUCUGUAUCAGGCGCAGUUGUUUUAUUUAAUCGUGAAAACAAGCAACUAAGCUUGUACCGGAAUAUUAAAGGGUCUCUUGUUCAAAAACCAGGUACAACGUUUUGUCCGCUUUGUUAUCGACCAUUUCAGGCCAAUGAUCUUCAUUCUACAUUUGAUGAAUCAUCAUUGAUGCUUCAAACGUUUAUAGAUUCUGGAUAUUUUCGUUUUCUUGAAAAUUUUACUUGGGAUGAUGCAGAAAAGCCUUUAGAUAUCUCUCAACCAUUGUCGAGUCCAUCACCGACGAAUUCUUCGCUUCCUGGUUUUUCUCCUUCUACUUCUACACCUCUUUCAUCAUUGUCAUUUAAUCAAGGUUAUUUUAAAAGAUUUUUUAUUCCAGAAGGAUCACUUGGAAGAGGAUCUCGUGGAGAAGUACUUAAGGUUUUACAUGUAUUGGAUGGUGUUCCACUUGGCCAUUAUGCAGUUAAGCGUAUUCCAGUUGGAGAUAGCCAUUCUUGGCUUAAAAAACUGUUGAAAGAAGUUCAUUUGUUACGUCUACGGCAUACUAAUUUAGUUAAUUAUAAUCAUGUUUGGCUUGAGAAUUCAAAGCUAACCAAAUUUGGUCCAACUGUUCCUGUUCUAUAUAUUUUACAAGAGUAUUGUGAUAGAGGUGAUUUAGAAAGUUUCGUUCAAGAAUUACUCGUAUCUAAUGAACCAACAUUUUUCGAUUUGAAGAAAAAAGUGAAAAGAUUAAAAGCAAAACCGUUUUUUAUAAAAUCUGGAAAUGAUAUUGUGCUUCCAUUGGGUAUGGUUAUUUCCUUUAUUAAAGAUAUCGCAUCUGGAUUGAGUUUCCUUCAUGAAAAUAAUUUGAUUCAUCGUGAUUUAAAACCAGGCAAUUGCUUACUUCAAAGUACAAAAAAUGGUUUUUUUCCAAGAGUUUUAGUUAGUGAUUUUGGAGAAAGCCAAGUAGCAACUGAAGUAGAGUCUCGAUCUGGUGGUACAGGAACAUUAGAGUAUACUGCUCCAGAAGUAUUAUUUACAGGGGAAGAUGGAAAACCAAAAGGAUUCUUUACACCAGCAUCAGAUAUAUUUUCCCUUGGAUUAAUUUUAUAUUGGUUACUUUUUACAGGAAAACUUCCAUAUGAACAUUCUGCAGAAGAAUAUGAUAAAUUAAGAGCUGAAAUAUUAAAUUUUAAAGGUUACCAACAUCAACCUAAAACAUCAAAUGCGCCUGAAGAUUUAUGCAUGUUUUUAGAAACUAUGUUAUCUCCUGACCCUCAUAAAAGACCCUCGUCUCAAGAAAUUGUUGAGUUUAUUAUUAGAAUUUUAAAAAAAUAUUGUUUUCAAAACAUUUUGGAGAAUGAUCAGCCAUUACAAUUUAAUGAGUAUGAAGAAUCAUCACGUAUUAUGCCUGUUUCGUCUCAAGAAAGUCUUGCACAUCAAGAGACAAAAUCUAGAUUUUCUUAUAACAAAAAUACUCAUAUGAAAAACAAGAACUUAACAUUCCGAUCAAUUUAUCUUUUUAUUUUCCAAUUAUUUCAGAAUGUUAAAUGGUUACAAAUAUUUUCAGUAUUAUUUGAUAAAACUAAGUUUCAAUCUUACGUAUUUGAUAUUAAAAUUAUUAAAUGUAUCAAAUUCAUUGCAAAAGUAUAUCCUGUUUUAUCUUGUUUAUCUGUUUAA